AUGAAACCAACCUGCCAGACGAGACGGCGGGCAACAACUUGUUUUUUCGCUUUGUUACUCCGUCUUAUCCCUGCCUCACCAACGAGAUGGGUCGACAUUAUAGUUGUUUAAAACUAGGUUUAAUGUGUAAGAAAUAAAUUGGGCCUAUAAUUAAUUAUUUUACCAACUCCUCUGCGCAAACAGAAGACACACGGUAGCUUGGUGUGAGAGUAUCACGUCAUGACAAGACAACUUGAAGAUACCAAGAGCGCCCAUAAUAACUGUCUCUCAGAAGCCACAGCGGACUGUGGUCAAUCAAACAGAUUCAUUUAGUUUAUCAGUUAAUAUUUUUUUCAACGUUUUGCCCAUCAUGUCUAGUGGAAACUUCAUAUCUCGUGUGAGAUCAGCCUUUCGCAAGAAGCGCGAGGACUGGGACUUGAGUGACACCGCCACGUUUGAUUUCUCCGAUGAGCUCGCGGUGGAUGAGACGCCCAGGUUCAAUAAGCUCAAAGUGGUGGUGUCCGGUGAGAUGGACGACUACUCGGCCACUGCUUCGAACGGGACCGCUGUGAACACAUUUAUAACGGACGAUGAUGACUCUCUCCUGGGUUCGUCCUCCAGUCUGGGAAGUCCAGGCAUCAGCAUGGACCCGUGUGAGAACUGCACCAAGAGGAAAGAGCACACAAAACAGCGCGCAGUGAUGAGGAAAUUGGCCUUUGCAGCUUUGCUUUAUUUUCUGUUUAUGGUAGGGGAGCUCAUAGGUGGCUAUGUGGCUAACAGCCUUGCCAUAAUGACCGAUGCACUGCACAUGCUGACUGAUCUGGUUGGUAUUGUCAUAUCACUCCUGGCACUGUGGCUCUCAGCCAAACCACCCACGGACAGGUUCACCUUUGGCCUCCAGCGUCUUGAGGUGAUAUCAGCAGGUAUCUCGGUGUUGCUGAUCUACAUCUUGACGGGGGUGCUCCUGAAUGAGGCUGUGCAGCGAACUCUCCACCCAGAUUUCACUAUUGACGGAGACGUCAUGCUUAUCACAGCCGCUGUGGGUGUAGCUGUCAACCUGAUAAUGGGCUUUCUCCUCAACCAGUCAGGUCACCUGCAUUCUCAUUCCCAUGGCCCCACCCAUUCCCAUGGCCACGCCCACACCGAGAGGGCAUCAGGGCAGGGUCUUCAGGGUCAUGGCAGCUUGGCGGUGCGGGCCGCAUUCAUCCAUGCUCUCGGGGACCUGGUGCAAAGCGUGGGUGUGCUUAUUGCAGCAUAUAUUGUCAGGUUUAAGCCGGAGUACAAGCUGGCGGAUCCUGUGUGUACUUACGUGUUCUCUGUGCUGGUGCUGGUCACCACAUUGCGAAUCAUUAGAGACACUGGGCUCAUACUACUGGAAGGUGUGCCAAGACACCUGGAUGUGUCAGGGAUGAAAGAGGACCUGCUGAAGCUUGAUGAUGUGGAGUCAGUACAGGAGCUGAAGCUCUGGGCCCUCACCACUGAAAAAACUGCAGCUAUUGCACAUCUGCAGCUCAGUAAGUAUCACACACAUGCACACGUACAGGAGCUGAAGCUCUGGGCCCUCACCACUGAAAAAACUGCAGCUAUUGCACAUCUGCAGCUCAGUAAGUAUCACACACAUGCACACGUACAGGAGCUGAAGCUCUGGGCCCUCACCACUGAAAAAACUGCAGCUAUUGCACAUCUGCAGCUCAGUAAGUAUCACACACAUGCACACGUACAGGAGCUGAAGCUCUGGGCCCUCACCACUGAAAAAACUGCAGCUAUUGCACAUCUGCAGCUCAGUAAGUAUCACACACAUGCACAUGUACAGGAGCUGAAGCUCUGGGCCCUCACCACUGAAAAAACUGCAGCUAUUGCACAUCUGCAGCUCAGUAAGUAUCACACACAUGCACAUGUACAGGAGCUGAAGCUCUGGGCCCUCACCACUGAAAAAACUGCAGCUAUUGCACAUCUGCAGCUCAGUAAGUAUCACACACAUGCACAUGUACAGGAGCUGAAGCUCUGGGCCCUCACCACUGAAAAAACUGCAGCUAUUGCACAUCUGCAGCUCACGGCCGGCAGCAUGGGGAACUGGGAGGAAGUCCAAGCCAAAGCUCGGCACCUGUUGAUGUCACACGGCGUGUCGCAUUGCACGGUGCAGCUACAGAGCCACAGGCAGAGGGCGCCACACACCUGCAAUAGCUGCCAGCCUGUAAACACCUGAGUUAGCUCGUGUGCACACACACACAAGCUUCUUUCACUCCUCUGGUUGUUAAUGUGUUAGUGAAUGUACCGGCUCUGUAACAGAGGCAGGCCAUUGUCCUGUCAGUGAAGAUGAGACUGCCCCACCCUAAAUGAUUUUAACAAGUACCUGCCCAGCUUCCACCAAAAUCCAGGAUCAACCUCUCACUUAUGUUUAAAAACAUUCCGUACAGGUCUGUCGUGAGUGCAACACAUCCAUUCUGUAGAAUCAUUUGGGGGUUUUUUGGGGGUUUUUUUUUGUUUUUUUUUUUGGUCAUCUAUUCUGCUUACUCUGUGUUUCCAGUGUGCUCCAACUGUCACAAUCGCACACAUGUUUAUCAGAUGUUGUGUGGUCAGGUGAAGGUCUUAAUCCAUCUGCCAGUCCCAGCAGGAACAGGUCUGACUCCUUCUCGGUCCCUGGCUCAAAUUGUAGCAAGUUUCUGUCUUCUGUAUUCUAACUACACCUGAUUCAGCUAGUCAGCUGUAAUUACCAAACUGUCAUGUGUUGCACCAGCUGUGUCUGACCAGGGCAGGUGCUGUUGUGCAGCUGCUGCUAGCUGGAAGUGUGAAAAGUCACUAGACUCACCUAGUUUAGUGUUCAUCAGCCUCCAAACCUACACAGCCUCAAACGUAUUAUUUUUUUAAAAAUCUAAGUAUAUUCAUUAGAAGCGACGUAUUGCAAACGUUGACUGAAUUGUUAGAAACAUGAAGCUGACAUUUGAGCCUGUGAGGGCGCUCUUCCCUCCAUUGUCCUUCCUCCCCUACUGCAAAGACCAGCACUAAGCACAGAAAUGGUCACUCAGAAACAACAGGACAGCACAUCUGAAGAAUCCUUUGCACUGUCACGUUUGCAGAUCUAUCUGCAUUCAGCCAGAACCUGCUCAUCCAGGCCUUUUUUAAACAUUUUAUUUAAUAUUUACUUUCAGAAAAAGGUUUUCAAAAAAUAUUUUGUUGCCACCAUAAACCUUUUUAAUAGCUUUUUUUUUCUUAAUUUUUUUUGUAAUUUAGUACUUGGGCUCCCUGAUAAUUUGCACAUUCCAGUAACAUAAAAUGUAAAUAAUUGUUUUGUUUGCAGAAUUUAUGUUCUGGAACCAUAAGCCUGCUCUGUUAAGUGGUUUAAAAAUACCAGACUGUAAUUCUAAAGAUGCUCUUGGUAACUUGAAAUAAACUUAUUUUAAAUACUUGCAUAUUUAA